GGGCGCGCGGGGGGCCGGCCCGGCUGGAGACUCCGCGGGAGCGCGGCCAGGCGGCCUGGCCCGGGUCGGGGCCGGGCGUCUCCCUCCGACCAGGGAAAGCAGAGAGUAUGAAAGCCUACCUAAAGAGCGCAGAAGGCUUUUUUGUCCUGAAUAAAAGUACUACGGUUGGAAGGCAUGAAGACUCAGACCUUGUUUUAGAGUCUCCUGACAUCGACAACCAUCAUGCUCUUAUCGAAUACAAUGAGGCCGAGGACAGCUUUGUUCUCCAGGACUUCAAUUCCCGAAACGGCACCUUCGUCAACGAGUGCCACAUUCAGAAUGUGGCCGUGAAGCUGCUACCCGGAGACAUCCUGAGAUUUGGGUCUACAGGGCUGACCUAUGAACUGGUCAUCGAAAACCCACCCUCGGUCUCCUUCCCAUGGAUGAGUGGCCCAGUACCUUGGCCAAGACCACAGCCACCUCGGGCCAUGCAGCAGCCGAAACAGUCACCCUCUCCACCACAGAUGCCCUUCCACUCGAGCAUCCGGCCAGCACCAGCGCAGAGGAGCUGGUCCCAGGGGUUUCCCAGACCCGCCAUGGUCCCGCCUGCCUCCCACAAGCGGCCUGUGAGUGCCGGCGGGAAGAUGUUCUCCUUCGUGGUGGACAGCACUCACAGGCCGCCCAUCAUCAAGCAAGUGUGGACCGAUGCUGUGGAGCUGUCGGAACAGUCAGUGGUCGAAGGAAUUUCCAGGGCAGGACUUUCCAGGGACAUUUACGUGGACCGGGACCCAGCCCAGCAGGAUAAGGAUGAAAUCAUUCUGCUCCUGGGGAAAGAAAUCAGCCGUCUCUCGGAUUUUGAACUCGAAUCCAAAUACAAAGAUGCCGUGAUAGCAAACCUGCAGAAUGAAGUGGCCAGCCUGAAUCAGAGGCUGUCGGAGGCAACCACGUCCAGGCAAAAGUUCCAGGUUCUGGAUGAAGACAUCGAUGACAAGCAGAGUGAGAUCCAGAGCCUGAAAAACCAGAUCAGUGCCCUACAGCAAGGCUACAGCCAGGUGCUGUGCCAGACCCUGUCUGAGAGGAACUCGGAAAUCACAUCCCUGAAGAACGAGGGUGAGAACCUCAGGAGGGACCAUGCCGUCACCUCAGGGAUGGUGUCAUCUCUGCAAAAAGAAGUGUUCACAAGGGAUGAGGAAAUUCAACAGCUCAAACAGGAUGUGAACCAACUAAAAAGUGAGAACAAAGAAAAGGAUCACCAGCUUGAAGCCCUCAGUUCCAGAUGCUCCGCGCUGAAAGAAGAGUUAAGAAAGGAAGAUGCUCAGAAGGAACGCCAGGAAGCCCAAGGGAAAGAGUUAAAACUCUGCAAAAUUCAAAUCCAAGACAUGGAGAAAGAAAUGAAGAAGCUCAGGGAGGAGCUGAAAAAGAGUUGUACUGAACAGAACAUGAUCUCUAAGACACUGCGAGAAAAGAGCAAGGUUGAAGAGAAGCUUCAGGAAGAUUCCAGAAAGAAAUUGCUCCAGCUACAAGAAAUGGGAAACAGAGAGACCCUCAUUAAAGUCAAUUUGGAAAGGGCAGUAGGUCAGCUGGAGCAUUUCAGAAGUCAAGUCAUCAAGGCCACCUACGGACGAGUGAAGCCGUUCCUGGACAAGCCCGUCACCGAUCAACAGCUAAUAGAGAAGAUCACCCAGGUCACUGAGGACAACAUCAACUUUCAGCAGAAAAGAUGGACCCUGCAGAAGGAGACUCAGCUCAGCAAUUCUAAACAGGAGGAAAUCACAGAGAACAUCGAGAAGCUGAAGACAUCUCUAGACAACUGCCAGGCCUGCAUGAAAAAGUCUUGCGGUAGCAAGGACCUGAAGAAGGAGGUGGACCUGCUUCAGAACCUUCAGGUGAGCCCACCUGUUUCAGGGCUCCAGAAGGUGGCGCUGGACAUCCUGCACCUGUCGCUGUCCUGGCUGGAGGAAACGGAGCGUCUCCUCCGGGACGUGGGCAUCCAGCUCUCCAGCUCUGACACAGGACUGUCCUUGUAUCUGGAAUAUCUCCUGGUAUAUUAUAAAAAAAUUACAAGCCAAACCCAGGAACUUCAGAUCAAGAUCCACAGCUCUCAGGAAACCCAGCAGUCUUUUAUGCAAGAGAAGUUGCAGGAGCAUCUGGCAGAGAAGGAGAAGCUGAAUGAGGAUAGGCUGCAGCAAGAGGAGAAGCUGAAAGCCAAAAUCAAGAAGCUGAUGGAAGAGAAGGCGGCUUUGGAGGAAAGCAUCACUGAAGAGAAAAACAGAGCAAAAGAAGCAUUAGAAGAAGAACAGAAGAGAAUCCAAGAGCUGGAGAAUCGCUUAGCCUGCCAAAAGAAGGUCUGGGAGGAAAGCUUUACUCAAGAGAAAAACAGAGUGAAGGAAGCAUUAGAAGAAGAACAGACCAGAGUCCAAGAGCUGGAGAAUCGCUUAACCUGCCAGAAGGAGGUAUGCCGCUGGGGGAGACAGUCGGCUCGAGCCCAAAUGCAGCUCGAGGGCCAUGUGGAAGUUUUGGAGACCAGCAUGGCCCAGGAGAAAAGGAAGGCAAAGGAAGCUUUAGAGACAGAAAAGAGAAAAGUGCAAGAUCUGGAGAACCACUUGACCCAACAGAAGGAGAUUUCAGAGAGCAGCAUCGCCUAUGAGAGACUCAAAGCAAAGGAAGCCAUAGAGAAGGAAAAGAAAAAGGUGCAGGAUCUGGAGAACCGCAUAACCAAGCAGAAAGAGGAAAUAGACUUAAAAGGGCAAAGAGAAGACAUUUUGAAUAAGAAAUUAAAUGACGCGCUGGCCAUGGUCCAAGAGACUCAGAAAACCAAGACGGCCGAGAGCCUCAGAGCAGAGAGCCUCGCCAUGAAGUUAAACGAAACGUUAGCCGAACUGGAAACCGCCAAGACGAAAAUGCUCGUCAUGGAGGAGCGCAUACAGCUGCAACAGCAGGCCGUGAAGGCCCUCCGUGAGGAACAGGACUCGCAGAAACACGGAUUUGAGACAGAAAUCAGGGAAUACAAGGAGCAAAUCAAACAGCACUCCCAGACGAUCGUGAGCCUCGAGGAAAGACUCCAAAAAGUGACUGAGCACCAUAAAAAAAUAGAAGGAGAGAUUGCAACCUUGAAGGACAGUGACCCAGCCCAGGAGGUGACGCAGCGAGAACCCCCAGCAGUGCCUCCGAUGGAGACCAGCGUCAAAGACGAAGUGUGUGACACCUUGAUAGGGGACCUGCUGACCGCCCAGAAGGAAAUCCUGUCUCAGCAGGAGGUCAUCGUGAAGCUAAGGAAAAACCUCACGGAAGCCCACAACCGGAUGUCCGAUCUGAGAGGGGAGCUUAGUGAAAAGCAGAAGAUGGAACUGGAGCGGAACACGGCACUGGUCCAGCAACAAAGUGGCGAGCUGCGAGCUCUCAAGGAAAAGAUGGCACAUCUGACCGGCCUGGUGGAGAGGAAGGACAGGGAGCUGGAGCUCCUCAAGGAGGCGCUCAGGGCCUCCCAAGAGAAACACAGAGUCCAGCUCUACAGGGAGAAGGAACAAAAGCCCAGGAACAAGACCCAGAUGUGCGACAUCUCGGUACAGAUCGAACCGGUCCACACUGACACUUUCUUGAGCAGCCAAGAGGAGCAAUCCUUCAGUGAUCUGGGGGCCAAGUGCAAAGGGUCCCGACACGAGGAAAUCAUUCAGCGUCAGAGAAAGGCCUUGUCUGAACUGCGUGCGCGAAUUAAGGAGCUGGAGAAGGCCUGCUCAUCAAAUCAUAAGGACCACCUGAGUGAAUCACUUCUAGACUUACAGACUGUCAGAAUGGACAAAAAUGUCCAGAAAUUAUUGGACGCAAAACCUGAUGAUUUGCCGACUUUCUCAAGAAUAGAGAUCGGAGCGCCUCUGAAUGGCCUCGCCAACUCAGCCAUCCCGGCCACCGAAAAGUCCAGGAAAAUGGAUGUGGUUGAGGCUUUAGAUCUCAGUGAAAAGCUGUACAUGGACAUGAGCAAGACGCUCGGGAGUCUGAUGAACAUCAAGGAUAUGUCGGGUCACAUAUCCAUGAAAUACCUGUCCCCAAAAGAGAGAGACAGAGUCAACGAGCUCCGACAAAGGGACCUCGAUCUGGUGUUCGAUAAGAUCACCCAACUCAAGAACCGGCUGGAGAGAAAAGAGGAGCUUUUGAGAGGAUACGAGAAAGACAUAGAACAGCUCAGGCAGAGCAAAGUAUCCGUGCAGAUGUACCAGUCGCAGGUGGCAAAGCUGGAGGACAACAUCUACAAAGAGGCGGAAGAGAAGGCUCUGCUGAAGGAGGCUUUGGAGCGCAUGGAGCACCAGCUGCAGCAGGAGAAGAGGAUCAACAGGGCCAUUCGGCAGCAGAAGGAACGUUUAGAGGAUCACGAACAGAGAAAUUCAAAAGAAUCAACACCUUGCAACUGUUCCUUCAAAGAAAAAGAGAGGCAGAGACGAAUGUUUGUAGAGACGGUGAAGAAAAAGAUGCAGAAUUCAAGUUUCCAGGUUGGAGCCAGAAAAGCCACCCCAAAGAUGGACCAAGAAAGGGAGACGCUGAAGAGAGACACAUCCAGCAAAUCCAGCCAGAGCCUUCUGUUUUCUAAGCCUGGCGACAAGAACUAGAAAUGUCAUCCCGUCGGGCCUUGUGUGAUCCUCCGUGAGUCAUGUGUGUGACUCUUCUGUGUCAAAUACUAAGACACUUGUAUAGGACUUUAAAGGUUGUUACCCUAGUAGGUUGCUUCCUAGACUGGUGUUUGCACCGUGUUGUAUUUUGGAGCAUGCAGGAGUCGGGGUUCUUUCGAAAAAUACUUAGGAACGUACACAUCCUCAGGCAUAGGAAGAAUGUGAGUUUGAAGCCCAGACUCCCAAGUCUGGUAGAUACAAUGAUGUGACUCCAUACCUGAGUUGUGAGGCACCCACACAUCCACCCCCACAGCUGGCAAGACGCAAGACAUGGACUAGGGGCCACAGGACAGAAUGGCAACCUUGGCUGGCCGUGGUCGAGCACAUUUAUAUCUAAGUUUAUUAUAAUAAAUUUAACAUGCCGAGUCGU